AUGAUUUUGGCAUGGAUUCACCGUUCUAUUUCUGAAUCUAUUGCUAAGUCUGUGUUGUGGAUCGAAAGCACAGCUGGCGUAUGGAAGAAUUUGCAGCUCCAUUUUUCGCAAGGUGAUAUUUCCCGCAUUUCAGAUAUUCAACAAGAUUUAUACAAAUUUCGUCAAGGUUCCCUUGAUGUUUCGAACUAUUUCACUCAGUUGAAGGUCAUGUGGGAUGAACUCGAGAAUUACCGUCCCGUUCUAGCAUGUUCUUGCGCAAUACCGUGUUCUUGUGGUGCCAUUGGUUCAAUCAAAAAUUACAGAGAGCAAGAUUAUGUUAUCAGGUUUCUUAAAGGAUUGAAUGAAAAGUUUACACAUUCCAAAUCCCAAAUAAUGAUGAUGCAGCCCCUUCCCACCAUUGACAAAGCUUUUUCAUUGGUGAUUCAACAAGAAAGAGAGAUAAACUAUGCAGGAUCAUCCAUGGCCAUUCCCACUGUUUCAACCGCCGAAGAAGCAACUGCAUUUCAGCUUCACGGUUCUCAUUCAGCACAUGCUAAUGGCAAGAAUGGUCAAUUUUUCAGAGGCAAGCCACAAGGUGGAGCUCGAGCACACAAUCGUGUUUGCACACAUUGUGGGAGAACUAAUCACACAGUUGAGACCUGUUUCCUCAAGCAUGGAUAUCCACCUGGCUUCAAAGGCAAAGGUAAAAACCAAUCUUCUGAUACUUCAAAUCAGAAUGUUGUUGCAUCUGUUCAUGCAGGGUCAGACGAAUCUCAACCAAGUUUUGGUUUUACACAAGAUCAAUACAACAAUAUUUUGGCCUUAAUCCAACAGUCCCAACUCACACCUCAAGCCAACUCCAUAUGCUCAUCCCCAUUUGGCCUAAAUUCUCAUGCUUACAAUGAUCAUGGUAAGAACCCUAAUCUAUGGAUAUUUGAUACUGGUGCAACAUACCAUAUUGCCUAUGACUUGGCUUCCUUUGAAUCAUAUAAACACAUAAUUCCAGUCCAAUGA